UUUAAUAGAAAUCAAUAAUUAGUAGUGGAAAGUAGAAAAAACCGAAAACGAAGUGAAUAUGUUACAAAACGAUGCUAUUCGAAAUUUAUAUCAAGACACAGGUGCAGAUACGUCUCAACAGACUCCCAAGGAAUCAAAUGUCCUUGACGUGCCCGUUAAUGUAACUUUUCAACCCGGAGCUCAACGCUUACCUUUACCUGUUACUAGAGUGGAAUCAAACAUCGGAAUAACCACUUAUGUCCCAAUGACGGGUUAUGAUUUCUUAAAGGAUUUACCUUCAGUACAUAUCGAACAAACAUUUGAAUUCAAUGAUUCUCUCACCGCCAUUUGCCCAGAAAACCGCUUUAUUGUACGUUCACCUCUUGGUGAGGCCUUGUAUGCCGUUACUGAAAGCUCUUCGCAAACAAACUUUUUAAUGUGUGGUUGCUGGCGUCCUUUUCAGCUGCAUGUAAUCGAUAAGACAUAUCAAGAAGCGUUACUCUUGCGUAAAUCAUUCGCUUUAAGUUCAUUGUGCUGCCUAUCUAAGCAAUUUGAAGUUUGGGUACCGCCUGGUCAUUUAUUAGGACGUGUUGUACAAUCGCCAAUUAGUUUAAAGCCACGAUACUUUAUUGAAGACGGUAGCACCGGGGCGUUAAUGUUUUAUAUAGAAGGUCCCCGUUUCAUGGCUUGUCGAAGUGGUUGUUAUUCCACGAAAGAGACUUAUUUUAGGGUACAUUCUGGAGAUGUGCUGAGAGCUUCAAUUGAUCAUAAAUGGUCCACGCUUAAAUCGCAGUAUACCCUCAACAUUUACUUUAGUGAUUCAAAAUUAACGGCUAAAGAAAAAGCUUUAAUUUUAGGUUCAGCUUUCUUACUGGAAUAUCAAUAUUUUCAUAAUAGAUUUUAACAGCAAACGUCAACAUAAUUUUAAGGGAAAAAUGCCGUUUUACAAAUUUAUAGUGUUGAUAGAAAACUCACCGAAUCCGAGAGAAGGGAUAAAUUCCUACUUCCUAAAUAAAUAAAAUCCUCGAACAUAAAUACGCAAGUGCACGCAUUUUUUGUAGCCCUAAUUAUUUUAUAUUCCAGCAUAAAGUUUUUGUGGGUGUACCUAUACUUAUAUAUAUCCAUUAAGUUAUCAGAACAAUGUGUAGCUUCUUGCUUUUAAUUAUUGCAAGAACACUUCUAGACAGAUAUAUCAAUUGUAAUUCGAUCUUUCUUUAGCAUUUACUGUAUUGACGCCAAACAAAAAA